AUGGGGCAGCAGCAAGAUAUCGGAGGUGCACAGGCCCUUCUUUCCCUCGGAACAAAAGAUUCAAAACACGAUGAUAUUGAUCAUCAAGAUGUGAUUAGUGAUCCUGCUCAUCAUGAUCUACAUAAUCACCACGAUAAUGGAAAGCACCAUAAUGAUCAGAACUCCCACGUUGAUGAGGAUGUUGACAAUCAUAGAAACGAUGCUGAUUCGCUUGAAGAUAAAGCGAAUCAGCAACUAAACGAUGCCGUUGAAGCUGCGGUAAUGAGAUAUGUGGGAGGUACCCUCGAGGGAUCUGAUUCAAAUGAGCACAACCGCAGUAGCGGUGACAGUCAUCAUGGUAAUAUUGAGGCCAACCAUGCGGGGAAUGGCAACGGGGAAAACAAUAAGCGUCGUCUCAAUCAUGAAGAGAUCAUGUCUCACAUAGGUGAUUACCAAUGGGAUAGCUUUCUCGAGGAAAAUGUUGCAGCUGAGUUCGAAAGACCUUCUCCAAAGAAGGCCAAGAGAAGAAGAAGCUCUCUGAAUGGAAGUGAUAUUGAUCCCGAUCUUCCUGAUUUAGACGAAGAGCCAUCCGAACAUGAUCAAUUAGUGCAUGCUGCCAUCUUAGGAGCUGGAGAAUUGGCCAAACAACUCUCACUUCCAUCGACCCAAGGUAACCAUUCAUCCAGCCAACAACUGAAUAGAUCGGAUGGCGAAUCUGCCGCGAUUGACCAGUUGGCUCAUGCUGCAUCAGCAUUAUCUGCCAAGAGCAGGACCAGAACAUCAAUCAAAAAGAGGCCUCUACGCAAAAGCUCAGAGGCGAAGACAACGUCCGAGCAGCCGACAGCUCCUGAUAAAUAUGAUCAUAUCUCCUUGGAGUCAUUGGUUGAUCUGUGUGCCAAUGAGGCUCUACUGUGGUAUCAAUCGCAGAAUAGCAUACCCGUCAAUGGUCCUCGUGCUUUCUCUUCCGCAGAAAUUAGUGUCAUGGAUUCAUUUAUUGAUGGAUAUUGCAGGCUCAACGACCUAUCUCGUGCUGAUAUCUGUCGUCGAGUGUGGUCCACAGAAAGAACGAAGGAUAAUUUUUGGGAGUGUGUCACAAAGGUACUACCCUACAGAUCUCGAGCAUCAAUUUAUAAGCAUGUCAGGCGCCAGUUUCAUAUAUUUGAUAUUCGAGCCAAAUGGACCCCAGAAGAAGAUGAGUUGCUCAAGAAGCUAUCACAGGGUUCUGAGACAAACUGGAAGAAGAUUGGGGAGGCUAUGAACCGCAUGCCCGAGGAUUGCCGUGAUAGGUGGAGAAAUUAUAUUAAGUGUGGCGAGAACAGAGUACUGAACAAAUGGUCUGAGGAAGAAGAAAGAACACUCAAAGGCAUCGUCUUAGAGAUGAUGACCGACGACAGUGGAGAUAAGCCGAUGUCUAUUAACUGGACCUUGGUGAGUGAGAAGAUGAACGGUGUGCGCUCAAGAAUCCAGUGCAGAUACAAGUGGAAUAAGUUACUCAAACGCGAGUCAAUAACCAGGACUGAAUUGAUGGACAAUGAUACUAAGAUCUGGCUAGUAACCCGAUUGCUAGAGGCCAAUUUUCCACAUCUCGAAAGUAUCGACUGGGAAUAUAUCCUACAUUUGUAUCAUGAGUGGAUAAAAGAUGCCAAGAACAAAGACCUUCUUUGGACUACGACGGAUCUCCAGGUCGCUUUUGAAAAAAUGAAAAGCAAAGUAAAGGAUCAUAAAAACCUGUCGCUACACACAGUGUUAACGAAAAUUCUACUGGCCCUAUACGAAGAGACAGGUACUGAUAGUAGUGGGUUGGUUCGCACCCCACAGUUAGUCAAACGUGAGAAAGCACGCAAUGUUGAACACGCAGAAUCGAUAGCCAACGCAGCUGUUGCUGCAGUUUCUUCCGGUGUUAAUGAUGAAGACGCCCAGCAACAGGAAUACAGUCUUUGGCGUUAG